UCAAUUGGUUGGCUGAUUGCGGAUUUCUUCAUUCGCAGAACAUAUCUUCAAAUUUUUGGGAUUCAAUCAAUUACAAGCAUGGAGAAUGAAGCUUGGCAGGAUCUGGUUGGCAUAAGCGCCGAUCCGCCCGACAGACGAGACAAGUGCGAGCAGUGCAAACGGCCGGUGGUUGUUUGCUGGUGUCCGGCUUUGCCGCAUCCACCGGAAGCGGUGGCCUCACAGAUUGUGAUCCUGCAACAUCCCGCCGAGGAGAAGAGAUCGCUGCGCACAGCUUUAAUGCUCCAGUUGGGUCUGGAGCCAGGAAAGUGUGUGGUGUACAAGGGAAAGCGUUUUCCCAACCACAAGAACCACGCUGAGCUGCAGAAAAUUCUGGACUCCCCACAGACGCUUCUCCUGUAUCCCAGCCGGGACUCAGUUCCGUUGGAGCAAGUGGACCGCAGCGCCGGUCCCUACACCCUGGUGCUCAUCGAUGGCACCUGGCCGCAGGCGAAGGCCAUCUACGCCAGCAGUCCAGCGUUGCAUCGACUGCGGCAGGUGAAACUCAUCGCAGUGGGCAUUAGCGACUACAUCAUCCGCACCCAGCCAACGGAGGGCUGCCUCAGCACCCUGGAAACCGCUGCCCAGUGCCUGGCAGUGCUUGAAUCUCGGGCAGAGCUGCGGCAAACACUCGUGCGUCCGCUGCACACGUUAUGCAAGUUUCAGUUGGACAAUGGAGCCGUGGAGCACCAGUCUAAAGAGUUCCUGCUUAAGAACAACCAGUACCCCAAACCCAUUGGCAAGCGGCUGAGCCGGCUGCUCAACUCAACCAGGAACGCCGCGGAAAACGAGGAUACGUGAUUGCAAAGCAAGAAAACACUGGAGGAGUUGCAUGUGCCUGCGGUUUAUAUCCAACUAAGUGCAUUUGUGGUAGCAAUAUUUUGUUUUGUAACGCUUAUAUUAUAAUUGUGUGUUGAUUAGUCCAA